AUGCAUCAUGCUAAUUCAUCAUGGGAUGUUGAUCGACCUUUUCCUGGUCCUCUCAUUCGAGCAAAGUCUGGUGAUAGACUUCGUAUUCAUAUUACUAAUAUGUUACGGGAUCAAGGAACAGCUAUUCAUUUUCAUGGUCUUCAUAUGGUCAGUAAUCCGUGGGCUGAUGGUACAGCACACAUUACUCAAUGUGCUAUUAAUCCACAUGAAAAAUUCACCCAUGAAUUUAAUGUAACACAAACAGGAACAUUUUGGUAUCAUUCACAUAAUGCUCAACAAUAUGCAGAUGGAUUAAUAGGUCCAAUUAUAAUUGAUCAUGAUGGUAUUGAACAACGAUAUGAUUAUGGAUCAAACGAUUAUAUUAUAAUGUUACAAGAAUGGUAUCAUGAAACAUGGUCUGAUAUUAUGACUGCAUAUCAAGGUCCGUAUGGUGCCUAUCGAGGCAAUAUACCUGUUUAUCCAUGGCCACCCACUUCUUUCUUAAUUAAUGGACAUGGUACAUUUGAUUGUCGUACGUCAAAUUGUUCUGAUAAAGGUAGUUGGCUAGACGCUUGUGGUUAUGAACAUGUUGAUCAAUGUAUACCACUUCGAUCAUCUUUUUUUGGACCUUGCAAUCCUAAUGCACAUUCUGCCGACGAAUUUCUAUGUCCACACGGAAAACAAAUACGUUUAAGAUUAAUUAAUGCUGCUAGUGGUAUUCCAUUUCGUUUCUGGAUUGAUCAGCAUAAUCUAACGAUUGUUGCUCGAGACAGUAUUGAAACCGUGCCCAUUACUGUUCCUCAGGUGCAUAUUGCUAUUGGACAACGACUUGAUUUGAUUGUUGAUUGUAAUCAAGAUCCAACGGUAAAAUAUACUAUAUAUGUAGCUAGUCGAAAUAGCUAUCAGCCUUCUGGAAAUAUUGCUGGACAAACACCAGCCAUGUGGACGUGGGCAUUACUUACUUAUUCAAAAUUACAAGUUGAUAAACAUGCAGUUCAUUCCAUAGAAGAUCUUAUUUUGGGUCCAGAUGAUUCAUUUUUCGAAUUUAAAUAUCUAAAACCAUUGAAACCUCGUCUAGCUUCACCUGCCGUUCGUCGUGUUACACUUGAAUUCCACGUCGAAUGGAAUAAUCGUACUGGUAUUGAUUCUUUAGAAGAAUGGGUUGUUAACGGAAUAACUUUCGAGCCACCAAAAGAACCUUUACUUCAUGCUAAUUUCUUCGAUGGUACAUUUAAACAUGUUCUUGCAAACGAAAAACCUGGUCGUGUUAACAAUAUUCAUGCAACUCAUAUUCAACAUUUUGAAUAUGGUCAAACCUAUGAAGUGUUAAUGAUUAAUUAUGAUCCACAAUUGCAUCCUUGGCAUCUGCAUGGAUAUGUAGUUGAUUUUAUAGCUGCAGGCAAAAUUCCCAUUCCAGAAUCGAUGAAAUGUAAUCAUACACGAAAAUAUCUGAAACAAUUUGACUAUAAUACUAUUUUACCCCCUCUUAACUCAACACCGCCUGUCCUUAGUGUAGGUGAUUCAUUUAAUGUACCACGUGUAAGUUAUGUUGUCUUUCGAUUUACUGCAAACAAUCCAGGUCCAUGGUUGUUCCAUUGUCACAUGGAAUGGCAUCUUUGGCCAGGCAUGGCUAUCGUCUUUUCUGUAGAACGAAAUGGACGAUAUGAAGGCCUUAUUCAAUCACCCUCAACAAGUUUUAGUAUAUGUGGAACACGAAGUCAAAUAUCUUACAGAUCACCAACGCCCUUAGUGUCUUCAUCAAAUCAAACUGAACCAUGA